AUGGCCGUGAUGCGCGUGCUAUUGGCUGAUAAGAACAAUACUACAGAAGCUUUGUACAUUAUUUCAAUCGAGGAGUGUAAUUGUUUACUGCCAUUAGCUAGAAUAAAGAAGAUGACUACCGACGAGGGCGAAGGGCAAGACCAAAACAUUGAAGGUCAGCCCUUGUCACAAUCACACCAAAUGUGUAAACAUCCGAGCAACGUUGGAGCGUAUCUGCGGAAUGGUGCAUGUAGGUGGUCGACAAGACCGAAGACUAGAAAGUUCAACGCCAAUCAACAUUCGAUUGUUAUAGCACAGCAGUUCUUAGAUAAGAGUAAGAAUUACAUAUGUACUAUUACACGCGCCAAAUUCAAUCCACUGGGAAGGAAUCAUAUAAAAACUCGGAAGACCCCGAUGGGAGAUGGGGAACGAGAGUUGUACAAGACAUACCGCACAGCAAAACUCAGCACUUACAAGGAUAAGAAGAAGGAGAGGAAUCUCAAGAUAAACAGGUUUUGA